GCACUGAUUGCCCAGACCACGAGCUGCUGAAAACGACAGGACAACAAGGAGAGCCGAGAAGGCACCCUGAACUUUGACAAAAGAGGUUCUCUGAGGAGUUAUGGGUGCCCACGGUUCCAGCCUGGAUGAAGUCUUGGCUGAGGACAUGCACCACUGGUACAACAAGUUCAUGAGGGAAUCGCCAUCAGGUCUCAUCACACUCUUUGAACUCAAGACCAUGCUACAGAUGCAGGGGAUGUCCGAGGAAGCCAGCGGCUAUGUGGACCAAGUCUUCUACACCUUUGACAUGGAUGGGGAUGGCUACAUAGAUUUUGUAGAAUACAUCGCAGCUGUAAGUCUGCUACUGAAAGGAGAGAUAAACCAGAAACUGAAGUGGUACUUUAAACUCUUUGAUCAGGAUGGAAACGGCAAGAUUGACAGAGAUGAAAUGGAGACCAUAUUCAAAGCCAUCCAGGACAUUACCCGGAGUUAUGAAAUUCCUCCAGAUGAUAUUGUGACUUUGAUCUAUGAGAGAAUUGAUGUCAAUAAUGAAGGUGAGCUGACAUUGGAGGAGUUCAUCACAGGGGCUAAAGAACAUCCUGAUAUCAUGGAGAUGCUCACUAAGAUGAUGGACCUCACGCAUGUCCUGGAGAUCAUAGUCAAUGGGCAAAAAAAGAAGGAGUGACUGCCAAUUUUUGAUGCAUUGCACAAUAAAAGGAUCCCAUCCUGAUUAAAGAUCAACUUUGUGGCUUAAAAGCGUAAAACAGACUCAGUAGAGGGUGAAAUCUGCUAGCAGCUUCUCUGUUAUUGUUUUCAUACACUUUUUUUCUGUUUCUGUGCCUCCAGAUAUCCAGUUAGCAGAGCUCUCUUACCCUUUUACUUUUACCUGAAUCACCUCUACAAGUCUGAAAAUGUCAUUCUCACAGGCAGAAAUGACACAAAAGGAGAUGAAUCAUGGUUUAAUGGAUCAUUUGUCCUAUUUGCUGGGGUGUGAAGCAUGUUCUUAGCAAUGGAUGUGCUCUAUAAUCCACUGCAUUUACAGUGACCCUAAAAUGUAUAUGGACACAUAAGCCUCAAUUAAAAAGCAUCAAAAUGACAGGCGUUUUUAAAUGUGACCUCA